ACUUUAUCUACCCGCAGACAUAAGGAAUCAGUCGCAUUUAGUUAGUAUGGGGCCGCUGGGACUGGCGGGUAUCUGAUUAACCCUGGGAUAUACAGUAGAUUGAUACAGUGUGGGUGAGGGGAGCUGGGAGAUAUCUGUGCGGUACAUAGAUAUGUAGGGAAUUGUCUCCCAUCCCUUACUGAGCAGCUCUCACUCCCACCUCCCAAGCCCCCGGGACCAUUGGUUUGUAGCCGGAGCAGGGAACUCUGGGAACUUCCGCACAGGAGCCAAUGGGAAUGUGGGAGGAAGCGAGUGACCCAGUGAUGGGGAAGAAGGAUAAAAAUGAGGAGCGGAAGGAGAGAAUCCUGAAUCUCACACUGGAGAUUAUCUAUCUGCUGACUGGAGAGGGCUACGUCAUCCCUAAGAAGAAGAGCCCAACUGUGGGUUUGGGGGCCCUGCAUGCCCCUGGCUCCGUCAUACAGAAGGAAAAUGACAAGAAGAUCCUGGAACUCAUCUCCAACAUCAUCCAGCUGCUGACUGGAGAGGUUGCCAUAAGGUGUGAGGAUGUUUCCAUCUAUUUUUCCUUGGAGGAGUGGGAGUAUAUAAAAGGAAACAAGGCCCUUCUCAGAAUAAUGAUGAAGGAGGAGGAGGAGCCCCAGCAAGUCCGUCCACCAGACGGUGAAUAUGAAGAUAAGAGAGAGAUUCCAGCUGAUCUGGGAGGAACAUUAUGUUAUAAUAAUGAGCCAAGCAAGAUUGGGGCUGAAGGAGCAGAUUUUUGUGCCGACGGAAAUCUCACAAACCCUGAAAUUUCUCCAGCGAAGCCCCCACCAGCCAAUGGGAUUAAAGAGGAGGCGGCUUCAUGGGAAGAAGGAAACCAAUCAGAUUGCAGCAUUAAUUCAUUUACGGAACAGAUACAGGAAAUAGAUACUCCUGCUCCCAACAUGGACUGCAGUGGCAAUUACAGUUCAUUUGCUGUUUUAACAGACACUAUCAGAGAGGAGCCAAGUUUAUGUAUAGAGGGAAACCAUUCAGAUGGCACAAUUAAUAAACAUAGAGAACAGAUACAGGGAACAGACACACCUACUCCUAUCAUGGGGUGCAGCCUGAAUAACAGCUCGGCAGAGGAUUAUAUAUCGGUAGUUAUUAAAGAGGAAGAAUCUUCAUGGGAAGGAGGAAACCAAUCAGAUUGCAGCAUUAACCCCCUUACAGAACAGAUACAGGGAACAGACACACCUACUCCCAACACAGAGACGUAUAACUGUUCUGAGUGCAAUAAACGUUGUAAAACUAAGGUCGGUUUUCUCAAGCACCAGAAAACUCACACAGGGGUAAAACCAUUUGUCUGUUCUGUGUGUGAGAAACGUUUUAAGUAUCAGUCAAAACUUAUUUUACAUCAGAGGAGUCACACAGGGGAGAAACCGUUCUCUUGUUCUGAAUGUGGGAAAAGGUUUACCCGGCAUGUACAUCUUAUUGAGCAUUACAGAACCCACACAGGAGAGAAACCCUAUUCCUGUUCUGACUGUGGAAAACGUUUUUCGCACAGUUCAGACUUCAACAGACACUGCAGAAUUCACAGACUAGAGAAAUUAUGUAUUUGCUCCCAAUGUAACAAACAGUUCUCGUCUCACUCAGAGCUUAUUGUGCAUCAAAGUAGUCACGUGGGAAAGAGACCAUAUUCUUGUUCUGAAUGUGGGAAAUGUUUUAAACUUCCCUCAAGACUUACUGUGCAUCAGAGAAGCCAUACCGGAGAGAGACCUUAUUCAUGUCCCGAAUGUGGGAAGUGCUUUAAAGAUAGCUGGACUCUCCGUGCCCAUCGAAGAAUUCACACAGGGGUGAAACCAUUCACUUGUUCUCAAUGUGAGAAAUGUUUUACUUGUCGCCCAGAUCUUAACAGACACCUGAAAUCUCAUAAGGGAGAAAAACCAUUUUCUUGUUCCCAAUGUGGGAAAUGUUUCCCUUAUCGCUCACAUCUUGACAGACACCUGAAAUCUCACGAAGGAGAAAAACCAUUUGCUUGUUCUCAAUGUGGGAAACAUUUCAUGUCUACCUCACAGCUUAAUGUACAUCUCAAGGUUCACUCAGUAGAGAGACCGUACUCUUGUUCCGAGUGUGGGAAAUGUUUUAAGUAUUCCUCAUACCUUACUGUACACAAAAGAAUUCACACAGGGGAGAAACCGUUCACUUGUGCUGAAUGUGGCAAAUGUUUUAUUGAUCGGGCUUGCCUUAAUUCUCAUAAAAAAAUUCACACAGGGAAGAAACCAUUCACUUGCACUGAAUGUGGGAAAUGUUUCUCUGAGGGCGGAGGCCUUAGAUACCAUAUAAAAAUUCACACAGGGGAGAAACCAUUCAGUUGUAGUGAAUGUGGGAAAUGUUUCCGUGAUCGCACAAGCCUUAAAUUCCAUACAAGAAUUCACACAGGGGAGAAACCAUUUGCUUGCAAUGAAUGUGGGAAAUGUUUUAUGUAUCGUUAUCAGCUCACUGCACAUUCCCAGUUACACACAGGGGAGGAACCAUUGCCUGACAGUAACUGUACUGAUACCAAGUGAGUAACAUAUGAUUAUGAUGCUAUCAGAUUCCUUUUGGUUAAUGUAUUCUUAAUCUUCAAUAAAUAUUUAAUCUUCAGAGGUAAAACUACACUGAAUAUUUUGUAUAAAAAAUAGUGUCAGUUACAGAAAACAUUAGCCACUGCGUGAAGAGAAUUCCCCACCCAACUGCAUUUUGUAUAGUUUUACACUGCUGAUACCACUUCAGGUUCCUGCUACAAUCUCUAUCAAUAGCGAAACAUCUUCUCUUCUUUACUCUCCUCCGUGUCCUCUAAACUGCAGCCAUUAUUUGCCACAUUUAACUCCCUACUGUGACACAGUUGACCAUCCAGUCCUCCCACACAUUCUGUACUCAAACUGCUCUUUGGUUUAAAUCUUAUCUUCCUGUUUCUUAAAAGUUGCCUUUUCUAAUUCUAGCU